CUUGCACCCAGCCCCGACGGUACCAUGUGCCAACCCCUCCUCCUCGUGGUGUGGUCUGGGCACCGGCUAGUCCGGUGGCUAACGGGGCACUGGCUUUGUUAGUUUGUUAAUCUAAUCGCGUCCUUUAACACCUCCGUUUAUAAACCCCCCAAGUCUCUUUUAAACACUGAUCUGGGGUAGAGAUCAUCAGUCGUCAGCCCCACUAACCCCCCCAUUCUGAGAUGAGAAACCUACACUAAAGAGUUUGAAUAUUUAUAUUUUCAGUAGUAGAAAGGAAUUUUGUAGAAACUAAACGAAAGAACGUCGAUAGGUUUAUUAAUUUUUCUUGAAGCAACUAAAGGAGAAAGCUCGGGUCGAGUGCGCAUACGGAGAAGCUCGCAGCGUGACUAGAGGAUAUGCGAGCGUGUGUAAAGUUUACAUAGCACGGAUAGGAAAGAAAAACGCGAUGCUCGUAAGUGCAUAAUAAUAAAAAGUCUGCGAGGGAAGUACACGGGUCAUUCCGUAUGCAUAUUGCACCGGACCAGGUUGCUGUAUGCAAAGUGCACUUUACGGAAACGUAACCGGCAUCCGGUCGUCCUCAAUUAUACCGAGACGUUUUCCGUCCCGAGUGUCGUUUAAAACGUUUCGCGAAACGAAACGAAACGGUAUCGUCUUGCGAGAACAAACCGUCUUGUUUCAACAGCCCGUGUGAUCCUCUCCUAGAAGUUCGCUUCGAGUCUGAUACUUUUUCAGUCGCGAUUAAAGGCCACGAUUCUUCUAGCGAAAUUUCAAACAACUACCCUCUAGCUGUUGAAUUUUUCACAGGAUUCGCCGACUUGCCCCGCCGGGCAAGUGGCUCAACUUUUUCCCAGCGAGUUCUAAUUGAAAGCUGGAUUUCGUUUCCGAACAGUACCGCGAUUAUAUUUCAGAAGACGUGGCAGGACUUGGUAAUUCCAGUAUGUAGGUCGCGUUGUUUCGCGUUUCUAACAUUCUCCUUGCUCCGGUAUCCGUUAUCGUGCUCCUCUUUCAACGACCAUCCGGUUGGUACUUUCAACUUCUACUCGCGAAAACUUUCCUCCUCUCUCGCGAAGUAACGUCGCGACGGUGCCGCGUAUUUCGAACGCGUCGUGCAACAAAUCGAAAAGUAAAGAACGAAUUUCGUAUUUCAACGCAUCAAAUUUGUAGAAACGAUCUAAAAUCUAAAAUCUUAGCGGUUUUAGGGUAGCUGGCUACAAUUCAGCCUGUGCAAUUAACGUCACGCAUCCAGCGUUUCGAAUUAAUGAAGCAGAACCUGCUGGAAGCUUAGUGGCUCGUAGCAUGUUAAUCCCCUCGAGACGUAGCCGAGAAAGCUACAACUGUUCGUUUUCACCUCGUAAUAUAUUUUAUUCGCGCAUUCUAAAUACCCAUUCAGCGAUGCUUGAUUUUUAUAAAAAUCUAGAGCCAUGGGAGGAUCCUCGGUGACGGGUCGCACGUAAAUCCUGAUCGUCGUUAUCGAGCUACUCAAAUAUUUCUACGGCGAAAUCCUGCCUUUACCGUCUCCCUUUCGCGUUGCACGUUUUCCCACAGAUUUAUCAACGGUACCGAAUCACGGAUCAGAGUUGUUCGCUGAAAAGAGCGCGAUAAUACGCUGUCAGAUGCAGAAGCCAUUCGAAUUUCGAUACAACCGAGCUUUGAAUGCCUCUUUUCAAACCCUUUGUCGGCUUUGUGAAUCGCUCGAAACGGGUAUAUUUAUGCAGCGACUUGAUUUAUCUUACGUUUCUAUCGGUAAGUAGUACGGCUCGAUAAUUAUCAUCACCGUUCAUUUGUCACGCUCGACAAAAUCUUCCACGAUCAACUAGAAUCGGGAUCGUAAAAAAUUCUUAACAGAGUAAAAUGCAUCGAGCAAGAUGCGCAUUCGAUUACAUUCAAUUUCCUUCGGCGAGUUCACCGGUUACCUCUUUUUCCGCUCGACGUAGGUCGAGCAAAAUGCCACCGCGCGUCACUUCAUUUUCUGGCUGACUCGGCUUUUUUCCUCGUCGGUGCAGAAUUAUUCCAACGCGAUUGCCACGAACAAAAGGACACCCUUUAAUUCCGAAUUGCCGCCACGCCCAAUCAUCCUUCAUUAUCGACUGCUGUCGAUGCUCGAUCCCGUGAAAAUUUCAUCGAAAAUUUCGUUCCCCACGAUUUUCCGUGAAACACUUGAACGGACGUGUUAUACAGCCGGCGACAACGAUAUGACGGCCACUCGUGACGGCGACUGGUAACACGUGCCACUGUUUGACUGAUGUUCGCAAAUCGCCAUUUCGGUGCAUCGAAUACACGUGCUGGGUCCGAGUGAAAUAGCCAACGAUUAGGGUCGAAUCGCGCCUGUUUCGGUACAUCAGCGUUUUCUUCAUUUGCGAACGAUGAAAAAUUUCUAAAUUUCCAAAUGAAAAUUAAGCAAAUUUUACAGAUCGUCACAGACGUUCCUGUCACUCGAUCUUUUUUAUUUUUCAGCCUCGUUUGAAAUCAUAAAUGUUUGCCGUUUUAUAUUUUAGGGGGCACGAUGAAAUUUCCAUGGAUUUAUGAAAUAGAUUUAGGACUAAUAGUAAAAUUUUAUCGUGUAUCCAAUUUACAGACCACUAAGGAAGCUAAAUAACACCACCUGAAAUGCACCUAUUCUCCUCGCAAUGGCAAUAAAAUUAAUUUGAAUUCUUCUUAAGUCCGAGAAAAAUUAAAGCUAAUGCACAGGUCGAACUAUAAAAUUGUCGUUCGCUUUUACGAGGAUCAACGACAUUGUGACACCUCUCUGCAAUCGAAUGCUCGUGGAGGAGAUCGAUUUGGUCGUCGUGAAAUACUCGUAAAAGCGAACUCAUCGAUGCAGUAUCGUUCUUUAAAAGGUACGUUUUAUAAGUUCACGUAAACGGAAAGUAUCUUUCGUAAAAGCGGCUUCCUAGAGAAUCCUCGACACGGUUUCGAAUCAGGUUGCUUUCAAAUUGGCAAAGACGAAUGACGACGUGAAUUGCCUUAUUUUCGUGACGAAGGUACGACAUUUGCUCCCGGUACCAUGGUGUCCCAAGAGGUCCACUAAUUUCAGUUACACCAUUAACAGUAAGCUUGCUUACAAUUCACCUUUGUUUCUUAAUCGUUGAUUUUUCUUUUCGAACCGAACAGCUCGUAAAACAACGAAUCCUGUACAUUCUUUUUAUGUUCUUAGUAUUUUAUGGAAGGUUUUAUAGACGCGUAAGAAACAAAAUGAUCGGGUUGAAGAGGUAAAAAAUGAACGUCGAAUGACGACGCUUCAACCCUUAUUCAUUCCGUAACACAACUUUUUUUCUUCGAAAUAUCCCACGGUUUUAUUAUGAUCGUCCUUCAGCAUCGAUCCACUUUUAUUCGACACGGAUCGACUGGUCCCUCGUCUUCUCCCUUUUCUAUCGUCUCCUGAUAGAUUCUUGUAGAAUACGUGUCUCCUGUUCAGCGAUGUUCUUUAAUGCAUUAAAAAUGAGGGAGGGCUGCUGGUUUAACGACCAGAGAAUUUGCGAACAAAGAGAGAAAGAAACAAGCACAAUGGCUAAGGUUUAUAGAAAGAAAGAGGACGAUUUUUAGACAGAAAGUGUUUUCUAUUAAACUGAAAAUUAAACUUUUACAUUCCUGAUAUUUAAUAUUUUAUUAAAUUACCGUAACGACACCUUUGUAGUGCCAGGCUUCUAAAUUACACGUGAUAAAUUAGCAACCCUGUUAACUCGUCUCAAAUUUUCCUCGCGAAAGAAGUAUCCGACACUCGUGAGAGAAAAAUUUGUUAAUCGAUAGGGAAAAUUAGGUUUCAACAAGGCAAUGGCUUUAAGUGAAACACGAUUGUUAUUUAUCGGAGGUGAAACAAGAGAGCUCUUAGCUAAAGAGUAGAAUCUUUUCAUUGCUUUAUUUCGAAACUAUCAAUUGGUUGAAUUCUUCGCGAUCUACCGAUUCGUUUGUAUUUUCCGAAUGCACCAGCGGGAAUCGUUGGUUCGUUAUUUUUUCAUUUUUAUUGUCGAACACUGUUCUACUUUUCGUACAUUGUUUUUCCAUUCCAACUAUUUACACGGCCGGGAAAAAUCGUUUUUUCACCGAGCUCAUUCCUGGAACCGUUUAAACACGCAUCGUUAAAUAUUUGCGUUUCAUUUAUUGAGGGAAUUAACGUGGCUGCGUGCAUUGAAAUCAGCAAACAGGGAAACGUGUUUGUUCCUAUCAACUAUACAUCAGCAAAUGUUUAGAUAUAAUAAUGAUUUAUUCAUUCUGUACGUGUAUUGCAAUUUUCUUCGACCCUCUAUGUAAUGGCAAUCGAACGAAUUGCAUAAUAAUUGAAUCGUGAACUCGUAAAAUGAAAUACUCCUCGAAAAAUGUAAUUGGAAUAAUAAAAAUUCCCCUGCACGCUCUUAAACAUAUUAUCUCUGUGUAAAUCCGGGAACAUAUGCUAUCGAAGGGAUCUUUGGAAGGUGGAUCGUUGUCGCUUAAAGAGGCAGCCUCCCACGCUUCCGCAAACUGACGAGGGGAAGACGGAAGUACCCAUUCAAUUUGCGCUUAACAAAGCCCCUUCUUUCUUCCUAUCUUCCUUUACAGCGCCAGGUAGCUGCGUUCGUUCGUGUAUGAAAACCGGUGGCUUCCCUCUUAAUUCUUUUCCCUUUUCGUCACCCCAUUUUCCAUCUCGCGAAAAUGGCGAACGUACGCGUGAAACCUUUCUCGCUAAUCGAGCAUUCGCCCGUAAUUGGAUCGCGCAAACAUCGAAGAUUUUCCUCUUUUUUUUUUUUAAAUCCAACCUUGGAAUUCUGUUGAUACCUUGUUUGAUGUUACGCGAGAUUGAAGGGUUAAAGGAGUAAUUAAAACCAGGUCAAGUCGUGAGAGUUAAUCAUGGAAAAUAAUAAUCUCUGCGUCGAUGAUCGGUGUUGCUCGAACCGAGGAAAUUCUAAGCUCGAAAAUUUUGCAAAGUUAAAUUAAGGAAAGCAUUCAGACGUUCCAAGAAAUAACUAUUCGCGUUCUUUCCCUGGAGACAGCCGUGGAAUGUUUAAACGGUAGGAAAGAUAGGAUAAAGUGGAAAGUCGGAAAUGCAGAUGGUCAGAAGGCAGAGAUAAGACGGAGGACGUGUAACGCGACUAGUCACGCAAUUAAGACGAAACAAAAGGCUUUCUUCUCAACUUUUGUCGCGCAUGAAAAUAGGCGGGUGUUUCUCUUAAUUCCUUUUUCCUUUAUCUUUGCCUCGCCUCUUUUACGUAUGCGUUCUUCUUCCACCAUACGGACCGUAAUUAACUCUCCGCUUAAUCUUUUGUGCCCGUGCUGCAACGCGCAAUUCAAACUCUUUGUUCGUCGCUUAAAAACGUUCGCGAAUUUCGCGUCCAGCCACAAUUAUGAAGAGAACGUCGAAGCGAAAAAGGGGCGAUGCAAUUUUCUUUCUUUCCUCAAUCUCUACCCUGUGGUGAUUACCAUUUUCCCGAUGUCUCGCGGAUCCACCUUUCGUUGUUUUGUCUUUUUUAACGAUUUCGAUGCUCUUUGUUUCGUAUUAAAAAGUGUCACACAAGUUGUAAUUAUUUAAAAUUUCAUUUGAGUUGAAUUUUUUGUCUUCUGGUCGAAUAGGAAACCUUAGUUUACGAGUUACAAACCGGUUUCGAAGCUAAAUCUUCUUAAUUGGCAGUAUUAAUUAGGGAAUACGGUGCGUUGGUUUAAUCUGUCAAAAGGCGGCAGAGGCAAACGCGGGCCACGCGCGGAAUUUAUAGUAGGAUAUUAUACUAAAGCAUUGUAAAUUAAUAGCGGCAACAAAACUAUUUGCACACUGAUUAAUGGUGUGAUUCGUAAUACGCAGAUAACGAUAAUUUCAAAAUGCCCCACGGAAUCGAUGCGCCUGGCUAUUUAAAAUAAUUGCCGUGAUCAGGAUACCUAUACGUACCUAUCUACGAUUGAAUUCGAUUUCAAUUCCUUUGGUUUUUAAUAAAAGCUAAAAAUUAUUAAUAGAUAAUAAAGGAAAGACACGACCCAUAACAUUUCGCAUUCAGAUACGAUAACCAUUCUUUAACAAUUAAUUCGUGGAGAUCAAAAUCCAGUCUGUUUAAUUCAGUUUUCGACCGUUCCGUUAACUAUCAUUUCAAUGCUUCUAUAUUUUUUUUAAACACCGCACCCACGUCGCCAAUUAUCAUAUUUAUAAAACGUCCUGUUCCAUAUUCAGUCGCGUAAAUUGCCAGCAAUCUCUCGUCGUUGGAUUAAUUUUUAACCCAGAUUCCAUUCCCCUCGUAUCGAAACGAGCGUUUCGUUUUAUUUCGUUUAAUCACAUGCUGCAAAAUGCAUAUCGGCCCGGAGUCGAGUGACGUUAAAAAUUCGUACCGGCACGUGUUACAGGGUAAAGCUUGGAAAAUUGGGGUCGUAAAAAUUUGGAAAAAUUAUACGGGUAUCUCAUGAUUUUAUGACGAAUUAAAUUCUUCGUUCCACGUAGGAAUUGCUCGAAAAGAAAAUAUUUAGCAAAUGUAAUAGAGAAAUCAGGAAAAUUGUGACUGCCAGUAGUAUAAGUCAACCAUACGUCAGACAUGGUUACAAUUUUCCAAAUUUCUCAGUAAUCACGGUCAAAAUCAGUACCACUUCUGCAUUGUUCUACUAAAAAUAAACCUUGUAAUCUGUGCCAGAUCAAGUUUAUCUCAAUGUAAACGAGAUCGUCUAGAAUCAUGGUGAAAAUGCAGAAUGCAAUCGUGCACUUGUCAAAUGCACAACGUGUCCCUAUUCGGUGGGAUUCCAUGGUUGCAGGAUGCAGGAAUAUUUCAGGAAUAUUUUAAAGAAAUCUUACUGCUAGAAUUUCAAUAUAAUAAAAGCUCGUCGGUGCAUAUUCCUAUUAUUCGUUACAAGGAAUCGUAAGCUUCGAUUGUCCGAGGAUCAGGGUAGAACCACAAAGUACGAAGUACGAGACCGCAGAGCAUAGAAAUCGGCGUUCCGUAUGCAACACUGCAACGGGUUGCAUGUAAAUCCCCGAGCAGAAUCCGGCGGCUUUCGGGAGAUUAAUAAAAUAUUUCGGUGCAGCCUCGUCUACGAUCGAACUUAGCUAUCUUUGGGUAAUUGAAAUCCAUACGAUUUCACGGAGCAAUAAACGGGGCAAAACAACGGCUCGAAAAAGCCACGCAGUGAAACGCGACGCUACUAAAAUUCAACGUGACAGAUCGUAAUUGCAUACCCGCGCCGUUUAACUUCUCUUAAUUGAAUUAUAGCGAUGAUCUUUCAUGGUAGAGAUACGGCGAGGGGGGUUUUAAAAAAGGGAUUCGUGGCGAGUCGCAAAUCAAGGUAGCAAAUCAUAGGGGUGGCAAAUGAAAAGAGAAAAGAAUGCCAUAAUCGCGGGAAAAUGAGAUUAUGGGGCGACUAUGCAUUGCAUUUAACGUCACGUUGCACCACUGUUAGAAUUCGUUAUACUUUUUACUCUGGACGGGGAUGGGUCAUGAAUUUUACCAGAGGUCAUCGAAUCUCGCGUGUCAGCAAAUUUAACACCCCCUGGUUCCUUUUAAAAUGGAAUUCAAGUAUCGUUGAAUCCUGAUUACGGUUUGAAUACUAACGAAAACUUUCAUAGAUUCCGUAGAACGAAACUGUGAAUUAAAUAUUAAUGAAAUCCCGUUCGGGAAGGAAUUAAUUAUAACGAUCACGCUACGCUCGAAUGUACGGUGAAUUUUAAAAAUAAUUUCAUUACAUCGUUGCUCGUAUUUUUUUACCCCGAACACGAAUUUUGCAUCGAGAAAUUCAAUACGUCGAAACGGACCGCGGAAAGACACACGAUGGACGAAGAGAGAGCUUCAUGAAUUUUAAUAAUUGUUCGUCAUCAAUCACACCCGAUUCAAAAUGAAACUGUAUAGAAUAUUCAUAAUUGAUCGAGCAAAAUUAUGAGACGAUUUAUUAAUUAUUUGAAGGCACAUCCAGACUAGUUUAUAGUUGAAAUCGAACGCAGGAUCGGUAGAAUUUACGGUAAACGUUUAUGCUACUUUUUAAAUAUUUCAUUUUGAUAUAAUAUGCAUGAGUAGCAUCCGAUCGAAAUUUUUUUACGAUGAUGCACGUAUGUGAUUCGCCUAGCGUUAUUUAUUUUAAACGAUCGAACAUCCAGAUAAACAUGUCGGAUUCGCGAUUAGAAAACUAUUGGGGUGAUUGAAUAUGAAUAACAAAUUUUUGUAUUUCAAGAAUAUCAAUCGCUAUGACCCUAUAAUAUUGAGACUGUAGUCAAGUUUAACGUAAACAUUUUCCCAUAAAUUUCUAACAAUUUCCUUCUACAAAAUCGGUCGAUCAAUCACCACUUCAACAAAGGGACCUAUCUAAUAGCAUUUAGAGAGAAGGAAGUAAAGUAGAUGAAAUCAGAAAAUCACAGGCCUCGAAUCUACUAGUAAAUGACAUCAAAUGUAUAAACGUAUGUAGAAUAAAUAAAUAAAUAAUCUUCUGAACAAUCACUCAUGCAAAUCAGGCCUGAUCAGCGUGCAUCAAGUGCCAUUGUGAAGGACGGUACAAAAAGAAUGAUGUGACAAACGUUUGGCGAGGCCGAAUGUAAAUGCCGUAGAUCACAGUCGUCGUGUAAACACCAAGAGGUUAACAAUCGUUUCCGUAAUUCCGUUCAAUCAAAGCUAUUUUAAUUUUAUUUUCUAGUCUCCUUUUCGUUUUUAAAUCCUUCGAUUUCAAUUAAUCUUUCGCUGAGUUAACGUAACGUUGAAAGAAGCAUAGCUGCCGCGUAUUUCGAGAAGCAGGUUGUUCCGUGGGACGAUAAAAUGCGAAUAUACGAUGAGAAGGAAGUUUUAAAACACGAAAAGCUCGAAACAAGAUCGCGUUUCGUUCGAGCGUUGAUAAAAUACGGCAAGCUCUACUGUAAGUAUACGAAGCUGGCGGGUUUCAAAUAUUUCACGGAAUCCGGAACGACGUGGUUCGACAGAACGGUAUGGUUUCUAUUGUACGCGUUCAUGGUGCCCGCUAUGGUUUACACCGUUUAUUAUGGUUAUCUGGAAUUCAUGAAGAAUCCUCUGAUGAUCAGCGUGGAUACGGAAUCCUUUCCCACGUACAAAUUAAAUUUCCCAGGCGUUUCCAUCUGCUCUAUCAAUCGAAUAAGUCGUCGAUCCGCUGUGAAAAUGGCAAAUGAAAUAUAUAACUCAAACAUCUCUCGUUUAACUUCUGAAGAGAUUCUCGACAUGAUUUUGCAAUUGGGCGAUCUCUACGAUUCCGAAUUCAUAACACAGGCACGAUCGUUUCGAAUCGAUCAGCUUCUGUCAUAUUUUAACGACGGCUAUUACGACAUCACCAACGUCAUGAAACGAUUGACACCACAAUGCUCGGCCAUUCUAUCAAGGUGUAGUUUCAACAACCAAGAGAGGAACUGUUCAGAGAUAUUCGCGUUUCGCAAGACCCAAGAUGGAUUCUGUUGCGUCUUCAAUUACGCGACUAAAGGGGAUGAUACGCUGCUGAACCCCGAGGUGGAUCAUAGAACUGAACCGAUUAAAGUGGAGAACCUUACCGAAGACGGUGGACUAUCCGUGCUGAUGGAACCAUUUCUGGACGAUUAUUUUUAUUCCAUACUGCCUACUUCUGGCUGGAAGGUGGCGAUCUUCAGUCCGUACGAUUAUCCCGAUAUGAUCAGCGGUGGUGUCAUCGAUAUUCUCGUCUCUCCGCGAACACACAAAAGCGUGGAAAUAGAGGCGAUCAUGUUUUACAGCACAAGGAGUAUUAUUCCGUAUCCGUUCGACAAACGAGAUUGCGUGUUCGAGGAUGAAAUGACCUGGUUACGACCAUUCUACACUUACAGCGACUGCAUCGUUGAUUGUAGAAUCGAAGACGUAUGGAAAAUCUGCAAGUGCAUACCGUUCUACUUGCCUAAUCGAAAAUCUAGAAGGGUCUGUAAUAUAGAGGACGUGCCGUGUUUGACCCUCCACAAAUCCAAAUGGUUUUCCGUGGUGCCCAAUGAGAACGUGUACGAAGGAACGAAUCACGAUACAGAAACCAUCAUGCACUGUUACACCUGUUAUCCAGAAUGUAAUGACAUCACAUACACUGCGAAAUUAACCGAGUCUGAUUUGGUAGUGUCUGAUCGACAAUCAGCUAAACUACUGAACGACGUGGAGAUCAAGGAUCAAGGCGUGCUGACGAUAUAUUUUAAUAACUUCGGCACCAUGAGGCUGAGGCAAGACGUGAUUUAUCGAUGGUACGAGCUGUUGGGCGAUGCAAGCGGUAUUUGGGGCAUUUUCGUCGGUUUCAGCCUGAUUGCGAUCGUAGAGUUUGUCUACUUCAUCGGGCUUUUCGUGCUCGAGCUGGUGAAGGGGCCUGUUUCGCUCGAUAGAAACAAAAAACAAGUCAAGCAUUGGGAAUCGCCCAUACAGUCGAUUUAUUGGGGCGAAUUGUAUUCUAAUGUGAAAUCAAAAAGGAACAAUGAUAGAUAUCGCAACGAAUACUAACGCAUGUUUCAAUCUUUACUAGGAAUUCUUUUCUUCUUCUUCAGAGAUACAUGAUCUAGAUUUUAGAUAAUUAUUUUCUUCUAAAUGGCACGGAACGAUUCAAUGAUUUAGACGAACAAAUUGCUCCGUAUUUUUCUCUUUCGUUUACGAGGAGAGUCAGGAAGAAAAAGACCCUAUCCCCAGAGAAAUUAGCGAUCCUUUGCGUUUCUUUCCCGCAGGAUUUACCGAAAGAAGAUUCAGCAAUCUUGGAGGGGAUCCAUAUUGCAACGAGGGCUUGCGAGCUUUCUAACGAGGCUUUGCCACAGGUUAGCUUAAAGCAUUAAAGAGGAUCUCGCUAAACGUCGCGAGGUAUCACUGGGAAAAGAUACUUAAAGUAAUUCCCAACUGAACGGGUACUUUUCAAGCGUGUAAAGUAAGGAAACUGAACGUGAUCAUUUUUUAAUUGAUCGAAAUCACAAUUAUAUUCUGACAGUAAGGGAAAUGUUUAUCGAACGGUAGAAAUAUCCGCUAUUGUUGCAUUUAAAUUGCACGGUUAACUGAAAUGUAUUCAGGGAAUUGGAUAUUGUUGGAAAUAUUAUAUUACAAUUCUCUACGUUGAAAUCACAGAAACGUAGGUUUACAAUAACGAACCGAAUCAGAACAUCGAGAGGGAAUUAUCGCGGAAAAUGAAGUUUUAUUUCAUUGAUUAAGGAACUUCUAAUUAAUUUAGUCGAGUACUGUAAUUUAUUACUUUUUACAGGAAAAUAAAUUUCUUUGAAAACAUCUAUAAUUAUAAGUAUCUAUAAUUGAUCGUAUCUUUUACAAAUUCGACGAGACAAUUAUUUGUACUCUUCUAUCGACGACAAGUCCUACGUAACUUUCGACCGGUAUUAUCUGUCCAGUAUUGUUAUGAAACUCGAACAUUCGAACGUGCUUGAGGUUUCGAGAGGAUCGACUCGUGCUUGAGGUACGGACAAAGAUGAAAUUCAGUGUGAACCAGCGAUCUGUACGAGUGAAUUAUUGACUGGCUCAAAAGCUCGAGAGCUUUGGUAAAUGGAUAUUGAUAUCUCUUAAUUGUUGGCCGGCUGUUGAAAUAGGUUUCCUCUUGAAAGGAACGCUUUCCACGUUUCCUUGUCUCUUUCAAUUUCCUUCGAGUAACAAUAUCGCACGUUUUAACACAUUUAAUGCAUAUAUCGAAAGAUUUUUUGAAAUAUUACAAAUUUCACGAAGGAUUUAUCAAACACAGCACCUAGUCCACCUGGAAAACACACCAUUAUUCGGAAACAAAACGGAAAUGUCUCCGGGCGUUUUUCCCUCGAAUUCCAUUGUUACGGUCAGCACGUGGACGAAGUUAUCAAAUUGAUCCGGUUCCGUAGUAUCAGUCGCAUUCAAUUUUCGACGGUACACCGCGAGCCGGUGUCAUUAAAUUCGUAUCGCGGAUGAAUUUUUAUACAUGCUCGUUACCCGACGCGUAGGGGAAAAAAAUAUAAAAACGAUCCCGGUUCGAACGGGCGAAUUUAAAAGGUAAACUAUUAAAACGCAGCAGGGAACGUCGCC